CAAGGACAGACAAAGUCAUUGCAGAAAAUGUACAUGUUAGUUGAUGUAUGUGGAUCAAGGAGCUAGCACAGAGGGGUGCUUUACAAAAUCACUCCUGGUGAAAACACUAUGGAAACUGAAAACUGACCCAUGUGGCUGAAGGAAUCACAUGUUUAUUUAAACUGUGAUCAUAAAGAACAAAAUUCAACUGGGUGAAUGUCAAAGAUCUUAGCAGCUUUAUUCAGUGGGUCAUAAAUUAGGCAGCAUGGAGGAUGGAUGAGAGCUCCAAAGAUAAUGCAAGGCACGAGCUUUUUCGAGACCGGAGUGAGCAAGAGCAAUACUGGGCGUUUGCUGAUUUGUAAAAGCAGGGUUACUUUCCUCACAGAAGGCAAAGGGAAGUCUUGGAGCCAGUUUAGGAACUGGUGGCAUAGCAGAAGUAUGGAACAGUGGAAUAGCUCUGAGGAUCAACAGGAUGACACUGAUAACCGCUCAGAAUCUGUGAAGUUUGAUGCCCACUCCAUGACAGCCUUGCUCCCUCUGUAUCCUAAAAAUGGCCCCACCCUUCAAGAGAGACUGAAGUCCCUCAAAGCUGCACUGAUUGCCCUUUAUCUUCUUGUGUUGGUAGUGCUCGUGCCCAUCGUCGGAAUAAUGGCAGCACAGCUCCUGAAGAGGGAAAUGCAGAAUUGCACAGUUGGCUCAAUGAAUGCAAACGAAAUAUCUCAAAGCCUCACAGGAAAAGGAAAUAACAGUGAAGAUGAGAUGAGAUUUCGAGAAGCUGUUACGGAACAAAUUAACAACAUGGAGAACAGAAUCCAAUAUAUUUCAGAUACAGAAGCCAAUCUCAUAGAUUCAGAGCGUUUCCAAAAUUUUAGUCUGGUGACUGAUCAGAGAUUUAAUGAAGUUCUUCUCCAGCUGAGUACCUUGGUUUCCUCGGUUCAGAGACACGGGAACGUGAUAGAUGAAAUCUCCAAGUCAUUAAUAAGUCUGAAUACCACACUGCUUGAUUUGCAGCUCAAUAUUGAAACACUGAAUGGCAAAGUCCAAGACAGUACACUUAAACAGCAAGAGGACAUGAGUAGAUUAGAAGAGCGUGUGUACAAUGCAUCAGCAGAAAUUAUGUCUAUGAAAGAAAAACAAGUGAAUUUGGAAGAGGAAAUAAAAGGAGAAGUGAAAGUACUGAAUAACAUCACUAAUGAUCUCAGAUUGAAAGAUUGGGAACACUCUCAGACAUUGAAAAAUAUCACUUUAAUUCAAGGUCCUCCUGGACCCCCCGGUGAAAAAGGAGACAGAGGUCCCGCUGGAGAAAGUGGUCCACGAGGCAUUCCAGGUCCAGUAGGUCCUCCAGGUCUUAAAGGUGAUCGGGGAGCAAUUGGCUUUUCUGGACCUCGAGGAUUCCCAGGGCCACCAGGGAAGACCGGAAGGGCAGGAUAUCCUGGACCAAAAGGCCAGAAGGGGGACAAAGGAAGUGGAAGCAUACCAACUCCAUUUAAGACAGUACGACUGGUUGACGGUAGAGGUCCUCAUGAGGGCAGAGUGGAGAUUUUCCACAAUGGCCAGUGGGGCACAGUUUGCGACGACCACUGGGAACUGCGAGGUGGACAGGUCAUCUGUAGGAGUUUGGGAUACCAAGGUGUUCAAACUGUGCAUAAAGGAGCUCACUUUGGACAAGGUACUGGUCCAAUUUGGCUGAAUGAAGUAUUUUGUUUUGGGAGAGAAUCAUCUAUCGAAGACUGUAAAAUUAGCCAGUGGGGGGUGAGAGGCUGUUCACAUGCUGAAGAUGCUGGAGUCACCUGCACUUUAUAAUGUAUCGUACUUUCUUUCACCUUCGUGAAAUCACUGUGGCAAAAAUACUUUUAUUAUUUUGCUCCAUUAAUAUCAGUUCAGUGAAUAUUUAAGAGAUUAGGAAUUUUGUCUAAAGAAAAGGAAUAUUUUAAAAUCACUGGAUAAACAUAUUGGACACCUUCAUGCUUGCUAUAGAUCUACAUUUGAAUCAUUUCAAUUUCUUUAGGUUUCUAAAUGGAAUUUCUAAUAUAAUGACAUAUAUUGAAUGGAAUAUACCAAAGUUUAAGGCUUCUCAAUUACAAAUGCCAAUGAUAAUGGAAACACCUUCCAGCCAUUGACUUUAACUGAUCUCUUCACAGGAUGACAAUUUUUGUCAUUUUUGUCUUCUUUGUAAUCUAUUUAAUUGACUUUAAUUUAAUCAGUUUCUUAAUGAGAAGAUUGGAAGAGUUCUAUUGUGCCAAGUUUGUGAAAUCUCUAACCUUACACAUUUUUUGAGGAAACGUUUUAUCUGGCCAUUACGAUUUCUGCAUGUGCAGUAAACUUGGCUGUUAGGUAGCAUUGUUCAUGAUAUAUUCUGGGCAUGAUGAAAAACUUAUCAGAUUUCACAUGGUCAAUAAUAACAUGAUGAUUAAGAAAAUCAACAUGAUUAUUUUACAUGAUCAUGUAUUGACAGUUUUUGUUUGUUUUUACUGACCCAUGUGUUAGAAAAAGGGCUUCGGAGAAAAGGCACAGGCUCCCCAUCACUAUAUGCCUCUCAAUAACUGGUGGAUCAAAAAUGUCAUUUCAACACGGAGCUCAAUUUGAUGUGCAUUUUAAAUGAAGUUGAAUAGUUGUUAUCAUUCCAGAAUGCUGUGUUUAAAAUAUAAAUACACUUUCCAAUCUAAGUGGCUCCACUUUAAAUAGCAGCAUGCAAAUGUCUUGAGCACAGAACCUAGUUUCAACUACCCUUCUUUGAAGCCUUUCGUGGAGUCCAUUAACAAUUGCAACCAGAAAGAGAGAGAGAGAGAGAGACAGAGAGAGAUAUCUGUAGCUCUCAAGGAUCAGUGACCCUACGCAUGCCAAAAUAGUACCUUACCAAUGGUCAGCCCAUCACCAGGGUACAUCUUAGAAUGUGGAAGGUCACCUGGAACCCAGUGCCUGUCCCCAGCUGUCUAGGUAUAUAGGAAGAAAGAACAGGGAUUGCUCUUGAAGCCCAAUUGAGUAUAAUCUAGCCUAGAGAAGAAUAUACCUUUCAAGUUUCCUAAGUGCCACCCCAAGGGAUGUGUGAUGAGGAAGUAGUACUAGUCUGGAAUGGCUCCACUCUUCUCUCUUGAACGGUGAUAAGCAAAACCAUGGGCUGAUGUAUUCUUUCCACUCCUGAAGUCUCACUUCACAAAUAGUAGCUAGAGUAGAUUCCCUGCUUCUCGCUUGCAAAGGCAAAAAUUCUCAUGGAACUGGAAGUACUGGAAAUGGCCUGCUGAAAAUGCCCUUUUAUCAUGUUAUAUUCUUCUACUUGUUAAACACGAGUUAUUUUCUCCAAUGUAAUUUUGUGGCUAAGAGAAAGGGCUCUCAACCUAGACAGACUGUCUCUAAAUCCUGGCCCUACAUUCCGUGGGUUAUUUAAGUCCUUGGGCUCAACUGCAUUGUCUGGGUGUUUCCUUCAGACGGCAAACAAGAAAGUAUGAAAAGGAAUCCUAUGCAGGGACCCCUGGGUGGCUCAGUUGGUUAAGCAUCUGCUUUCAGCUCAGGUCAUGAUAGCAGGGUCGUGGGAUGGAGUCCUGCAUUGGGCUCCUUGCUCAGUAGAAAGCCUGCUUCUCCCUUUGCCUGCUAUCCCCCUGCUUGUGUUUGCGCUCUCUCUCUCUCCCUCUCUCUCUGCCAAAUAAAUAAAAUCUUAAAAAUAAAUAAAUAAAAAGAAUCCUUUACAUAGCAGCCUACA